AUGGAAGCCGCCAACCUCUCGGUGGCCACUGCGAGCGUUGCCCUCGCCCGGGGACCUGAGAUUUGCAGCAGCAGCCCACGCCCGGACGGGGUCGUCGGGUCGACCCCGGGUGGUGCUGUCCUGCCUGGCCGGGAGCCGCCCUUCUCUGUCUUCACGGUGCUGGUGGUGACACUGCUGGUGAUGCUGAUCGCGGCCACUUUCCUGUGGAACCUGCUGGUUCUGGUCACCAUCCUGCGCGUCCGCGCCUUCCAUCGCGUGCCGCACAACUUGGUGGCCUCGACGGCCGUGUCGGACGUGCUGGUGGCAGCGCUGGUCAUGCCAUUGAGCCUGGUGAGCGAGCUAUCAGCUGGGCGACGUUGGCGGCUGGGCCGCAGCCUGUGCCACGUGUGGAUCUCCUUCGACGUGCUGUGCUGCACGGCCAGCAUCUGGAACGUGGCGGCCAUCGCCCUGGACCGCUACUGGACCAUCACGCGGCACCUGCACUACAGGCUGCGCACCCGCCGCCGUGCCUCGGCGCUCAUGAUCGCGCUCACCUGGGCGCUGUCGGCGCUCAUCGCCCUCGCGCCGCUGCUCUUCGGCUGGGGAGAGGCGUACGACCCCCGGCUCCAGCGCUGCCAAGUGAGCCAGGAACCUUCCUACGCCGUCUUCUCCACCUGCGGUGCCUUCUACCUGCCGCUCGGCGUGGUGCUGUUUGUCUACUGGAAGAUAUACAAGGCGGCCAAGCUUCGCUUCGGCCGCCGCCAGAGGGCUGUGCAGCCGUUGCCAGCCACCAUGCAGGCGAAGGACGCGCCUCAUGAGGCUGAGAUGGUGUUCACAGCAGGUCGCCCAACAGCGGUGGCCUUCCGGGCAAGCAGAGACUCGUGGCGGGAGCAGAAGGAGCAGCGCGCGGCCGCGACGGUGGGGGUUCUGAUCGGCGUGUUUGCGCUGUGCUGGAUCCCCUUCUUCCUGGCGGAGCUCAUCGGCCCCCUCUGUGCCUGCAGCCUGCCCCCCAUCUGGAAAAGCAUAUUCCUGUGGCUCGGCUACUCCAACUCUUUCUUCAACCCCCUGAUUUACACAGCUUUCAACAAGGACUACAACAAUGCCUUCAGGAGCCUCUUUUCUAAGCAGAGGUAG